UCUCGGAUUCAACGAACUGUCUGGUCCAUCCCCCUUCCACUCCGACCUACCUCUCCUUCACCUCCGACAAGAGCAGACCAACGAAGAUUCUGUCUGCAAUCAACUAGCACCUUUUUGGUGUUCUCUUUUUCUUUCGCAACCCCCUCGACUCCCGUUCUAAGCCUGUCAGUCACUCUCAUACCUCGGGGCCCGUUCUCAAAUCCUUUCUUGUCCUGUUUUCCAAACACCGUCACCCUCUCCAAAUACAGCCCGUUGUCGAAGCUCUUUGACUCAUUGAUUCCAACAAUAACGACCGUCCACUAAACAAUUUUCCUUACACAGCUACGAUGGCCGACUAUUUAUCUCCUUUGACGGACAAUUCCGUCGCCGCCGCCGUGCAGGAUGCAUACAACCUCUUCUCGGAUCGGAGGGCCGCGCUCGGCCUGUCCAACCCAGGAACAUUGGAUAACAUCGCUAGGGAGGUGCAGAAGGAUGUUCUGCUGUCCAACUUCAUGUUCUCGGGUCUCCGGGCAGACUUGACCAAGGUCUUUGGCAUGUCUCCGCUGUUCCGCGUGUCGCACGCCUUCUCCAUGGGCUCGUCCGGGAACUUGCCUCCGUAUGCAUUCUCGGCCAUGUAUGGAAGCCCGAAGGUCUUCAUGCAAGGUAACUUCGGAAGCGAUGGUGCUCUCGCCGCUGUUGGCAACUAUCGUUGGACUCCCAAGUUGGUCACCAAGACCAACACCCAGAUCAUGGCCGGCGCGAGCCAGGGUCUGAUGCAGAUCGACAACGACUACACUGGUGACGAUUUUUCGGCAUCGAUCAAGGCCUUCAACCCGUCUUGCCUGGAAGGUGGCCUGACUGGUAUCUUCGUGGGAAGCUACCUUCAGUCCAUCACCCCCAGCUUGGCUCUUGGUUUCGAGGCUAUCUGGCAGCGUCAGGGUAUGAACACUCGUCCGGAGACUGCUCUUUCCUACAGUGCGCGUUACAAGACUAGCGAUUGGAUCGCCAGUGCUCAGCUGCAGGCCCAGGGUGUCCUCUCUGCCUCCUACUGGCGAAAGCUCGGUGAACGCGUCGAGGCUGGUGUCGAUAUGAACCUCCAGUUUGCUCCCAACGCUGCCGCUGUCAUGAUGGGUGGACCUAGCAAGGAUGGCACUACUUCCAUCGGUGCCAAGUACGACUUCCGUGCUUCUACCUUCCGUGCCCAGGUCGACAGCGCCGGAAAGGUCAGCUGUCUCCUUGAGAAGCGGAUAGCGAUGCCCUUGGCUCUCACUUUUGCGGGCGAGAUUGAUCAGGCCAAGCAAACGGCGAAGCUCGGUCUCGCUGUCUCGCUUGAGAUCGCCGGUGAAGAAUUGAUGGAACAGCAGGACAAGCUCGAAGCCCAGGGCAACAUGAUCCCUCCUCCGUUCUAAUUUUCCCACAUAACAUAACUGCGGUCAAUUAGGCUCACCUGGCUCUUGGGGGUGGGAGGGAUCCGUCUCGACUCUUCUGCCCACCCAUCAGCUUAUACCUUUUUCGUCAUAUUGUUUUAUUAGUUCUUCAACUCCUCCGGUGUAUGUUUGGAAGAUGGUGUAUCAUCGUGGUUUACUCGGAUGCGGCUUGCUGGCCCGGAGACGCAGUCGUUUUGGCGCCACGGAGCCACCCUUUUGUAUAGAUCCAUCUUCGGCAUGCUCACACUACCAUUCCCGCCUCUCUAUCCUUUUUCAUGUUAUUGCUUCGUCUGUUACCGUUCUCCUGUCUCUCUAUCCUUCCUGUUUUCCUCCCAUCUCCUUUGAUGACUAUAUUGGCUGAACAACGGGGUCGCUGAGCAUGCAUGGAACUUUUUGCGGGAAUAUGGUAUUUGGUCAUUAUUUUUCUUAAUUUGUUCAUGCAUCAUAGAUGGGCAAUGUAAAACAGUUGUUUUGGUCUUUU